UCCUCGCUCGGUUAUCCCGCGCACUGAUCUCACUCCAGCUGCCCCAUUCCCCAAGGGGCCGAGAGUGAAAAGCGGAACCCUAGCCAUUGCUCCGCCGUCAUGGCGCUGCCGCCGCUGCGGGAGUUCGUCGAGGUUCGGUGCGCGGGGUGCGGCGAGACGCUGGAGGUGGAGCCGGGCCUCACCGAGUUCGCCUGCCCCGACUGCGGAACCCAGCAGGCGCUCCCGCCGGAGCUCAUGCCGCCGCCGCGCCCGCGCCGGGCGCUGCCCAUCCCCGGCCGCGGACCCCCCGCCGCCGCCACCGUGCCCGUGCUCGUGCCAGCUCCCGCGCGUAUGCCGUGCGGCGCCUGCGCCGCGCUGCUGAGCGUGCCGGCGGGCCUCGUGCGCUUCGCCUGCCCGUUGUGCGGCGUCGAGCUUGUCGUCGACGGCGGGCGCCUCCAGGUUUACCUCGCCUCCCCGGCCCCCGCCAUAGUCUCCGUCGUGGCGCCGCCCCCAGCCGGCAUUACUUUGACAUCCCCGCACCGUCGACCGGAGCAGGGUCAAGUAGAAAGGUAUAAUCACCCAAUUCGUUCUGUUCAUAGAGAGGAGACAUACAGCUCUUCCAGAACAGAUACCAGGGAAACCAUAUACACUAUGUUGGCACAAAAAGGACCCGGUAUCCAUUCAGUUCAUAGAGAGGAGCCACGUAUCGAGUCACUCAAUAAGACUAUGGCAAAGUCUAGUGUGAGGAAAACUAAAUUGCCAGCUUGCCCUGAAUCUACAGGUGUGGAAAAAGUACGACCAGAGCCUCCCAUACAUGCAAGCUCUGCCUCUCGGGCCCAAGCUCGUCCUCCCAGUUAUUCAGUUUGUAGAGACCGUGCACGAGGACAGCGACCUGUAGAGGACAUUGCAAGUCAUGAACAACAGAUAAAUGAAUAUCCAGCUGUAUCAAGUAACGGCCAGCAUAACCAAAUAGAGCCCUCGAAUCAAGACAAUUGUGUCGAACAGGCCCAAGGUGAGUAUCAGGGCAAAACGACUGGAUGGAAUCCGAAGAGGAAAAGGAGUGGCAAGAGUGCCAGUGGUAAUCAGAAGGGGGAAAAGAAGGGCUUGACUAGUUCUCCAAAUGAAGAGCUCCAUCUUAGGCGUAGUACACGUUUGUCAAAGCUGCCAGAACAGCCCAUCAACGAUGAGCCUGUCGAGCAGCCAGCUGCUUCUUCAAAUCGAUAUAAUUCUGAUCCUCUACACAUUGAUAAAAUCAUUGCCAAUUUGUGUCCCAGUCCAUUGCCUCAGCACCAAAUGCCUCAAGCAAGCUCAAACCCCUCAGGCCAAGUUGAUGCAGCCACAGGACCACCCCUUUCAAAUCACGAUACAUCUCAAGCUGGGCAAUUCCCGCUCUGCUACAGUCAAAUGUACCCUCCAGAGGUCCGGGGUACACACCGUCUUGAUAGAAGUGGCGAGGAACAGCCACAUUCACCAGAGGCCCGAUGUCAUGUUAUGCAUGUGCAACAGUCCGUACCUCAUUCAACUUAUCUAGCACUCACAUCAACUUCCACCACUACACACUUGAUAUGUGUUUAUAUAAAGGAGGAUGCGCAGAGGGGCCACUCCGUGUUAGGAUCUGUUGUGAAAUCGUCAGGGAAGCGCAGAGGACGUGGACAUCAACCUACAAAACUAAUAGAUACACGAAGGGAAGUUGACAGGCCUGUCUUGACACCUAAUAUUAUUGACAAAUGGGAUGUCAACCCAGCUUGUCCUAAGGUGGCCUCUACCAUCACUGUUCUUUUGAAGCAGAAGUACCCUGGGUCUACCUAUCUGCCAGCUGGUCAGCGCAGAGAAGUUCCACCUAACGGAGAAGUGAUUCUCCACUGGCACCAGUAUCCUCCAGAAACAAGAGCUGCUAUUUUGAAUGAAUUUCUUCAACGCUACAAGUGGGCCCCUGGCAGAGAAGCAGAGUGUCUUAAGCUAUUUGAGCGCAGAGCAGCAAGACAGUUUGCUGGCCUCCUAAGCGAAGAGAAGCGAAAGGUUAGAGCAAAGUUGGCUGCAGUGCAGAGAUCCAAAGAAGCUUCGAGCGCACACAGGUCCAACAGACAAGCAGAGUCAGAGGAGGAAGCUCAUAAGGAAGAGCCAGAGGACCAGCAGACAUUAGAGAGAAGUGACAGCGAUGACCCAUUACUGUGGAAACCUUUCCCCCCUGCAUGGAUGUACCCGAAUUGGUGGGAGAGGUUAUGCGAGCACUGGGCCAAAGAAGAAGUCUUAAAGAUGUCUUCCCAGAACAGGAAGAACCGAUACAACGGUGGCCGUGCUCAUCACACAUCAGGUUCACGGAGCAUUGCCAUGCACAGACAGGUUAUGGUUAUAGAAAACGGUGGGAUGCCGGUGUCAGAACUAGAGGUAUUCAGCAAGACCCAUAGGCGUAAUGGCGGCACAGGGGAAUUUGUCAGCGAGAGAGCAAAGCGAACUGUGGAGGGCUUCAAGAAACGUAUGGAGGAGGCUGGUGAUAAGCAGAUAGACCCCCAUCUUGCAUGGGCCCUGGAAGUAGGGAGGCGGAACCGUGGAAGGUACUAUGGGCUCACUGGUAUCAUUGACAAGGACAAGCUUGAUGAGUUAGCAAAGUCCAUGCCAGAUUAUUUUGGUAAAAAGGGGCGACAGCAGAAGUUCACACAGGAGCAAGUGCAGCAGAUGAUUAAUCAGGCCCUGCAAGGGUUAAAUGAAACCUGGGAGAAGAAGUUUAAGUCCUUGGAGCAAAGUGUGCUUGGUGCGCCACCGUUAGGUAUUGAUCCCAAGCAUGCUCCUGGAUCUUCUGCGGUUGGAGAAGGAGGCCAGGAGGAUCGGUCAAGACAUCAGGAUACAUCAGAUUCGCAGCAUGGGGAAAGCCAUGAGGACAAUGAUGCGGAAGUGGUGUCUACAAGCGUCUGAGUCGAGUCAAUCACUGUACAUUUGUAGUUUGUGACUUGUGGCUAAUGCUGUUCGUGUGUCCAUUGUACUCCGGAGAAAUGCUGAAAUGCAGGCGCGUUUCCUGCUGGUUCUUCUUUUUGGACUUGUUGCAAUUAGCGUUUACAAAUGUUGCACAAGUUUGAUGUUGCAACGAUUGAAACCUGUUAUUGGUAUGCUUGCUACAACUGUGUCCACAUUGCU